GACGCCGCGCGGCAGGACGGAGAGGAGUUCGAUCGUGAUGGUGCCGCCGAUCGAGGCGUGGCCGGCCCUCCAAAGCCCAUCCGCCGCAUUCACGACACCGGCUUCGUAAGAUGGCUGCCGCACGUGAACAUGAUCUACCCGUUCGUGCCCAACCAGCAGUUCCCAGAGGCCGCCCAGAAGCUCCGCGAGGCCCUGGCGUCGUUCCCGGCCUUUCGGGUGCGACUGCGCGAGUUGAGUUUCUUCAAGCACCACCGAAGCUGGACCGUGUGGCUCAAGCCCGAGACCGAGCCGGAGGGAGCGCUGGUGCGACUGCAGGGGGAGCUCGAGCGAGUGUUCCCGCAUUGCAAUGAUCAGUCCCAGAUCGGCGAGCAUGGCUUCACGCCCCACCUCAGCGUCGCCAACGAUUUCCGCAAGGCCAGGGAGGUCGAGGAGAAGAUGGUCGAGUGGCAGAAGGAGUGGAAGGAGAUCGAGUUCGAUGUGACCGAGAUCUACCUCAUCAGCCGGCUCGGCGCCAACGACACGCCAUUCGACAUUCGCUACGCCAUCCCCCUCCAGCAAGCGUCGUCGACGGCCGAGCCCGAAACGACGACGGCCGUUCGAUUGCCUCCGCCGUCGUUCGUUCCGCAUCCGAUCGAGUGCGACGAGCGGGCCGAGGUGGAGUCGAAGACGCGGGUGAUCGUGUUCAACAUCCCGUUCGAUGUGACGGAGGACGACCUCAUCGAGCUGUUCCGCGGGAUUGGCGAGCGGCUCAACAUCGCCAUCGACGACGUCAAGCUCAUCCGCAAGCCCAAGCAAAGCGCCAGGGCCAAGAAGAGCAGCACGGGACGAGCCUUUGUGGAGCUGAGAACGGCGGCCGAUCAGACAACCCUCCUCGAGAACGUCGGGGAGAUCGUGCUCGGCGACCGCACGCUCGCCCUCCGUCCCGCCCAGGCCUGA